AUGGAUCCAUUUUGGCCGUCGCUGAGUACACUUUCGCGACCGUCUUCAUUUGAGCCACACAACGACAAGAGCUCGUCUCCUAUAAACUCACCUAAGAAGUCAUUGAGAAGACAUUUAGAACAAUCGAGUGAGACAAAUGACGAACAUAACAUUGACGCUCUUACCACUCUACAAUUAAUGCAGCAACCAAAAAGUGCAGCACACAAAAAAAAAACAUAG